AUGGAAUAUCGGGCUCCGACUGAUUUAGUUACUUAUUCCCAGAAGAGCACGAACACGCUCCACAUUACGUCGAAGUUCACGCUGAUCAGGCCAGAGGUAAUGGAACUUGCACAGCUUUACUAUGAUCCAUAUGACAAAAGAAGUGCGAUAACCAUCUGCGAUGCAAAUGUAGCUACAUAUCUCGCUGGCAGACACAAUAUUCUUCAUAUUUGCUUUCUGAAGGAUCUUCAACAAGUUCCUAUUAUGGGCCUUGCUUCGUACUCUUACAGAGACAUAUGGGAUGUUGAUAUUUCAAGCCUGGAGAAUUACUAUGCACCUUUCAACUUUGGCAACCAUCGUCUUCCUAAAUCUUUGGAAAGUGGUGGGGUUAGUCGAGGCGAUACCGUUCAAGUUGAAUUCCAAUUCCGUUCCAAUGAGCUCUAUGUGAGAAUAGGAAAGAAUAGAAGUGACUGGACACGUUGGCUCUGCUCUAAUUUUGAUGAUUCUAUAAAGAUAUCAUUUGUUGUAGAGUCACCGAAGGAAAAUUUUGUCAUCAUAAGAGAUGAUCUCUACCUUGAUUAUUUGAUGAACGGUCCGCCCCGGAACCUUCGACACUGUGGCAUUUGUGGCUAUGACAGAGACAGGAUCGUUAUUGCUCAAUGUGGUCACUAUUUGUGCACUAAAUGCUGGAAGGGAUGGUUUGAAACGAAAACGGAUAUGCUGUGUUGUGUAUGUAACAAAAGGAUUGAACGUCAUAUUAUCGCCAAGUUCCGCGACAGUCCAUGCCCUAUUGAUCAUUGUCGAUCUGGAGAUACCGAACAUGAUUAUGUUCUCGUCCCCUGUGGGUGCGUUGUACGAUGCGUGAUCGAAUAUGAGGGGAAGGCUACGAAAUGUCCCUAUGAGCCAUGCAAUAAACCGGUUGAAGAAAAAUGGAUCCUGUACGAACAUUGA